AUGCAAUCUCUCAAAUGGGCAUUGCCAGCUGCGCUGGCGCUGGCUCGAGCAGCACUGUCGCAAGACGUUUCGGGCAGUACAAAAUUCCAAUCAUCCAGCAAACGAGGCCUUAUUUACAUCCCUACAACUGAACAUCCUUCUGACGCCCAGAUAUGGGUUGAAAAUGGCUCGGAUCUGACAUGGUAUUACAACUACGCGGAGGACCCCUCGGCCGCAUACUCAAAUCGUUCCCAGGAAGAUUUCGAAUAUGUGCCCAUGCUCUGGGGCUCCUCAAACAGCUCCGGAUUCGCUUCGGAUAUCAAAGCACAACUCGCCGGCGGCAGGAACAUAUCUCAUAUCCUGACGUUCAACGAGCCAGAUGGAUCAUCAUCGUCUGGCGGUAGUGACAUUGAGCCCUCCGCAGCGGCUAGCAUUUGGAUAGCGGAUAUCGAGCCCUUGAGGACGGAAAAUAUAAAAAUAGGUGCUCCUGCAGUGACUGGGAGUCAGAGCGGUCUCACCUGGUUGAGCAAAUUCUUCUCAAGUUGUACCUCUCAGGGAACGAAUUGCACUGUUGAUUUCAUCCCUUUGCAUUGGUACGGGAACUUUGAAGGUCUCGCAAGUUAUAUCGGUCAAGUGGUUGAGGCCUAUCCCAACACCUCGAUCUGGAUAACAGAAUAUGCACUUGCAGAUGCCGAUCUAUCAGACACGGUAUCCUUCUUCCAAACAUCAGCUGAAUAUUUCGAUCGAAUAGACUAUAUCGAACGGUACUCGUACUUCGGUGCCUUCCAAUCAUCGGUUUCUAAUGUCGGACCCAAUGCAGUCAUGCUGACGCAAGAUGGUCUGCUCACGGAUAUAGGCAGUUGGUCGUCUGUCUUCGUUACCACCGAGAAAUCCUUUUCGAGGAGCGAGGAACAUUCCGGCCAUGACAUAUACUCUGUUGAAAACCCGUUUUCUACUCCCCAAGACCAAAGAUCAAUUAUCUCAUCUGCACACCAGUCCUAUUCUGUCUUCACUGAAUCUAAACCCCUCAGACAGCGGAAAUUCAAAUCUGCACGUCUAAUAGGCGAUUAUGACAAGCCAUGGACUGCUAAGAAGGACCCUCGCAUGAUAUGGGACAAAAUAUUCUUCAUCGGUCUCACUAUUGUAGGCCUUGGAAUAGGCUCUUAUAUCAUCUACUCUGGAUGGCAAAGCGUGGAGAACCCUCCUUACUGCCUAAUAUUCGAAGAUGACUUCAGUAACGGCAUCAAUGAGAAUGACUGGAAUUACGAAAUCGAAGUCGGUGGUUACGGUGUAGGGUCAUUCGAAUGGACGACGAGCGACUCGACGAACGCCUAUACAGAUGAAAGCGGACUACACAUAGUACCCACCAUCACAACAAACACCACCGAUAUCACCACCGCCGAAUUAUUCAACGGGUAUACACUGAACCUUACCUCUCAGGGUAUUUGUUCUUCCACCGAGGCGGGCGACUGCGUCAAAGUCAGCAACUCCACAUUACAAAAGAUGAUUAACCCCGUCAGGAGCGCACGAAUAACGACCCAGGGAAAACAUAACAUUACUUAUGGAAAGGUGGAAGUAACCGCCAAGUUGCCGCGAGGUGAUUGGCUGUGGCCUGCUAUUUGGAUGAUGCCCGAAAGUAAUGCCUAUGGUGCAUGGCCAGCGAGUGGUGAAAUUGACAUUAUGGAGGCAAAAGGAAAUGAUGGCGAGACAUAUGCCGGUGGCCGCAAUGAGGUGUCCGGCACUCUUCACUGGGCACCGGUCAGUACUCUAGAUGCGUAUUGGCGGACGAGUGGAGUUAAGUAUAUGACACGUGGCGAUUAUUCUGAUUCUUAUCAUACCUUUGGAAUGGAAUGGAGUGAUUCGUAUAUAUAUACUUGGGUUGAUUCCCGACUGGCACAAUCAAUGUAUAUUCCGUUUGGCAAGAAGUAUGGAACCAUGUACGACAGAGGAAAGUUUUCCACCAUGAGUGUGAAUGGAUCUAUCCCGAUCGAUCCGUGGUCAGGAACAGGCCGCUACAAUACACCCUUUGAUCAAGCGUUUUAUCUUAUUCUGAACGUCGCAGUGGGAGCGACUAAUGGCUAUUUCGAAGAUGGAUACCGCAACAAACCCUGGAUUGAUUCGUCUGCGACUGCUAUGGAGCAAUUCUACAAUUCUUCUUAUGCAUGGGAAUCUACUUGGGGAGAGGGCGAUGCACGGGGCUUGUCAGUGAAAAGUGUCAAGUUGUAUCAGCGUGGUGUAUGCUCGGCUUAG